GGUUAGCUGCUCGCUGCCGCCGCUGCUGCAGGAGGAAGGACCGAACCGCUACCAGCACCACCUUUCAGUUUCGCCUUCAAAUUACACCAACCGGCUCCGUCACACACAGAACACCGAUUGAAUUAUCACUCCAAGGCGUCCUUUAUUACGAAACACGAGAGGUUGGAAGCGUCGGAAUUGAAGAAACGCCGUUUUAAUCGAGUACAGGGCGCGUUUUGUGUGUUUUUGACAGCAGUAACAGCACAACAAUGGCUCUGAAAAGAAUCCACAAGGAGCUGCAUGAUUUGGGCCGUGACCCACCUGCUCAGUGUUCAGCGGGCCCGGUAGGGGAUGACAUGUUUCACUGGCAGGCCACAAUAAUGGGACCAAAUGACAGUCCUUACCAGGGUGGAGUGUUCUUCUUGACCAUACACUUUCCCACAGAUUACCCCUUCAAACCGCCAAAGGUUGCAUUUACCACAAGAAUUUAUCACCCAAAUAUCAACAGCAAUGGCAGCAUCUGUUUGGAUAUUCUGAGGUCACAGUGGUCACCGGCACUCACCAUCUCCAAAGUUCUCCUGUCCAUCUGCUCCCUGCUGUGUGACCCCAAUCCGGACGACCCCUUAGUACCUGAGAUCGCCCGCAUUUACAAGACUGACAGGGAAAAGUACAACAGAAUAGCUCGGGAAUGGACACAAAAGUAUGCAAUGUAGUUUUGGAGAUAAAAAUCAUGAUGUGAGAAUAUUACACCUCUCCAUCGUAAGGUUAGGGGAGAAUUUGAACGUUCAAAAGAUAAAAACGAAAAAGCUUAUGAAAAAAAAAAAACAGAUCUUGUUGGUUUCCAUUGGAGUGCUUUCUUUAAGCCACGCCUCCCCUCACCAGAGCACCUCCCCCAACUCUUAGCCCUCUGGCAGCCAUGGUGUACAUACUCGAUCUACAACCGUAGGCCCUUUUCUUUCCCAAAUUCAGACCUCCACUCCACAGCUCCUGCUUUCCCUUCUCCGUUGCUAGGGCGACGCAUCCGCUGCUUAGGAUCAGUCCGUAUCAAUUAUGCUGUAGAAAGUGUUUAUGGCUCUAAAAGCAUUCCUUGUUGUUUUUAAGAACUGGGAAGGGAGGGCUUUAUUGUUAUCAUUUGUUUUCUCCCUGCAGUUUGUGAUAGUCUGAACAUCGAGGGAUUUUUUUUUUCUUUAGUCUUUUUACUUUUUCGCUUCCUGGGCUUCCGACAGUACAUUUUGGAUCAGGAAUAAUUUUUUUUUUUUGCUUUAUUUCCUUGUUGCAGAGAAGGGAGGGUAUGCUGGCUAUCUUAUUGUAUAAAAUCUAUAAGGAAUUCUUUUAAAAUCAUAGCAGUUAAAGGAAAAUGGACCUCCUGUCCUCUCCUCCGGAGUAUUCUAAUGGACUUGAAAACUAUUAAAUAUAUAUAUAUUUGUUUCCAUUUGCUGCAGCAAAGACUGUCUCGACCCCUUUCCUUUAGCCUUGACCAACUUCACGAACAUUCAACAUUAUGGAGGGUUCCGGACCAGUUAUUUAAACAAGUCUCUAUAGCAUUUGUCUUAUUGUUUUUGUUUAUUUUUUUUUCUCUCCCCCCCAUCCCCCCAACCCACAUUUGUAACACUUAGGUUGCAUUUUUGUUUCUUUUUUUUUUUUUUUUUUUUCCUGCUCUUGUUGAAUUAGAUGCUAACAUGGUUCAGCCAGACUCGAUUGGGUCCCUGGGUGAGAGGACACAAACUCCUCACAGACAAACUUCUGUAUAUUUAAUUUCCUGACAGGCUCGUUGAGCUUUGUGUGUUGAUUAAAACUGUGUAAUAAAAUGAUUACUAAAGUCUGAA